UCCGGGUGCCGGAGGCUGAAGCCGGCAAACAUGGCCGCCACCUCCUAUUGUAGCCGGGCUGUGGCUCCCCUGGCCUGGUUGCUGCUCUUGUCCUUCAGCAGCUUGGCCACUAGUCAGAUCGAGGAACAAGCAGAGCAGUUCUUUAGAAGUGGCCACACAAACAACUGGGCGGUUUUGGUGUGUACAUCCCGAUUCUGGUUUAAUUAUCGACAUGUUGCAAAUACACUUUCUGUUUAUAGAAGUGUGAAGAGGCUAGGCAUUCCUGACAGCCACAUUGUUCUGAUGCUUGCAGAUGAUAUGGCCUGCAACCCUAGGAAUCCCAAGCCAGCUACAGUAUUUAGUCACAAGAAUAUGGAACUAAAUGUAUAUGGAGAUGAUGUGGAAGUAGAUUAUAGAAGUUAUGAGGUAACUGUGGAGAAUUUUUUACGGGUAUUAACUGGGAGGAUCCCACCUAGUACUCCUCGGUCAAAACGUCUUCUUUCUGAUGAUAGGAGCAAUAUUCUUAUUUAUAUGACAGGACAUGGUGGCAAUGGUUUCUUGAAAUUUCAAGAUUCUGAAGAAAUUACCAACAUAGAACUUGCAGAUGCUUUUGAACAAAUGUGGCAGAAAAGACGCUACAAUGAGCUACUGUUUAUUAUUGAUACUUGUCAAGGAGCAUCCAUGUAUGAGCGAUUUUAUUCUCCUAACAUAAUGGCUUUAGCUAGCAGCCAAGUGGGGGAAGAUUCACUCUCGCAUCAACCAGAUCCUGCAAUUGGAGUUCACCUUAUGGAUAGAUACACAUUUUAUGUCUUAGAAUUUUUGGAAGAAAUUAAUCCAGCUAGCCAAACUAAUAUGAAUGACCUUUUUCAGGUAUGUCCGAAAAGUCUGUGUGUGUCUACUCCUGGACAUCGCACUGAUCUUUUUCAGAGGGAUCCUAAAAAUGUCCUGAUAACCGAUUUCUUUGGAAGUGUACGGAAAGUGGAAAUUACAACAGAGACUAUUAGUUUGCAACCAGAUUUAGGAAUCCUGGAAAGCAGAGAUAAGGAAGACUGGAUGGAUGAGGAACUAAUAGAACCCCUGAAAUAUGCUGAACAACUUCCAGUAGCUCAGAUAAUACACCAGAAACCAAAGCUGAAAGAUUGGCAUCCUCCUGGGGGUUUUAUUCUGGGAUUGUGGGCACUCAUCAUCAUGGUUUUCUUCAAAACUUAUGGAAUCAAGCACAUGAAGUUCAUUUUCUAGGCGCGAUGAUGCAUAAAGAGGACUGCAUGGAAGACUACAAUCUUGGAUAAAAGUUUAUGUCAUAUCUUUUUAAAAAUUCAUUGCACUUGUGUGAAUUGGCAAAAAAAUAUAAGGAAACUAAAUUUGGUGCACUAUUGUUUUUUAACUUAAAGAAAAAUAAUUGUUAAUGCAAGUGUUAAAUGCCGCUAAAUAUAUUUUCAUGUUUUUCUUUGGUGUGUUAUUUAAAAAAUGGGACAAAGAGGUCAGAAUAUACUUAUUGACUCAUUUUGAAAAAGAAAGAAUUGCCCAUUAGCCCCUUUUCAUUUGGAAAAGAAAAAAGAGGACAUUAAAUUCUCACCAGCAGAGCUAAUUUCUGAUCGUAGUUUUGGGUAUGUUCUCCCAGUCUUUUUUCUAUGUACUUAUUUUCGCGGGUCUAAAAUAGAGAUUGUAUAGAACCAUUUUGUAAUCUCAUUUUUCAUUUCACAAUAUGUUAUCAACCAUUUGCCUCUCCUUGGAAAUUCUGCAAGAACACAUUGGGAAUGGCUGCAGAGCACCCAUUUUAUGAAUGUACUGUAAUUUAUUUAACAGUGUUCUAUUGUUGGACCUCUUACCUUGUUCCCAAAAUUGUCCUUUGGUCCAUUCUUUAAUGUGUGAAUAUUUUACUGUCAGUCACUAAUGGAAUUCUGUAGCUUUAAUUUUAAUUAAAUAUGAAAAAUUAGUUUCUUAAUCUAUGGUACUGACAGUCUUCAGGACCUUAUUUGCUGUCAGUUUAUCUGGAAAACUUAAGACCUUUGGGAAUUUCUGCCAAAGGUCAUAUUGGCUGCUCAAGAGAAACAACCAUGUUAUACUUCUAAGCAUUCAUUCAUUUUGUGACCAUCUAGAAUUGACCACUUUCGCUUCAGUUUCCCUAUUGAAAGAGCGGUUGUUUCAUUCUGUUUAAGGUAAACCUUGCCCACUGGCCGGAUCCAUAGUUUUCCUGCGACAGUCCCAUAAAGUGAAUGGACUGUAUGGAGGAUUUACGCUUAUAGCCCUGCCUUUACCUCUGACUGGCUUAUCACAUAAGGCAGUAAGUAAAUAGCCCCUUUUCUGGUCUCUGACAAGAUCCAAGAGCCCAUUAUCUCCAUCAUUUACCUGCCAGCUUCAUACCUUCUAAUAACUGGAAAUAGUAUUCAGAAUAUGCUUUGCUGUCAGCCCCAGAUAUUGUUUCUUCACAGAUAAGGGGGGAAAACCCUGAAAGUUGCAUAUUUAUGUCCCAUGGAAUACCUAUUUGGAUUAUAUGUUUGUUUCAAAAUUUUUUUAUUGAUUAAGUUAUUACAAAUGUGUCCUUAUCCCCACAUUACCCCCUAUCCUCCCCACUCAUGCCCUCACCCAUCCCCACAUUACCCCCUAUCCUCCCCACUCAUGCCCUCACCCUCCUGGUGUCUGUGUCCAUUGGUUAGGCCUAUAUGCUUGCAUGUAAGUCCUUUGGUUGAUCUCUCCCCUAUCCCACCAUCCUCCUCUGCCUUCCCUCUGAGGUUUGACGGUCUGAUCGAUGCUUCUCUGUCUCUGGAUCUGUUUUUGUUCAUCAGUUUAUGUUGUUCAUUAUAUUCUACAAAUGAGUGAGAUCAUGUGAUUAUAUGUUUUAUCCAAGAACUUAUGUGUCAAUCAUUAUUCAUUGCAAGGUCUGUUGUAUAUGGUAGGUAACAUUAAAAAGACAACUCUUUCUCCACAAUAAGCCCCUUCCUUAGGUUUUGUUUUCCUUUUAGCACUCAGUUAUUACCCUCUAAUGAUAUGCAAAGUGGUCAUACUUUUCACAAGCAGAGGAUUAACUGUGUUCUCUCCCAGGUUAGAACAAGUGAUAUUGAAGCUUACUUCCAGCUCUGGAUCUUCAUUUUAAUUGGUCUUUGGUGCACUAGAAAGAUGAAGAAGGGAAAAUUUUACCUGAUUAUGUGGAAAAGGAUCCUUCUGUACGAAGGAGGGGGUGGGGAUGGGGGGAGACCUAAAUUCUAAUAGCCAAUUAUAGUAGUGCUAGUAGACAAAGAAGUUUGACCAUUUCACCCUUUGCACACCCCAGGUCAUGACCUGGUGGGGUGGGGCUACUUAGAGGAAAUGUGACUGUUCUUGAAUCAGAGUAAUUCAGUUUGAAUGUAAUGAAUCAAGCCCUGAUGGCAAAGACUGCUGGGAAGUAAAGGGAUUCCUCUUCAGAGGUUGUGCUAGCUGCCCUUCUUAGUUAAAACCAAACUGGGACAAGAAGUGUUGGAUGUAAUGCACAGGAUUCAUUUUGCCCAGGCGGAGUUGCAAAGGGCAGGUGUAGCUCUUUCUGUUUCAUUAUUGAAUUUUCAAAAUAUAGUUAAAGUUAAAAUAUGUUAAGUAUUUGGCUCGUAACCAUGAUCUUUUUGCAUAAAGUAUAUUCUGCUUUCAAUAAUAAGUACCUUCUCUGCAUAUGGUAAGUGGGUAAUAUUGUAAGUGCAAUUAAAUGGCCCAGACUCUAAAUGCUAACAUAAAAGCACACCCUUAAAUAUAUUCUAUUGGAGUCACGAAGAGCUAAACAACCAAAACGUGUUUUCUUUUUGUCUCUCUGUUGUGAGGAUCAGAUGAGAUAAUGUUAUGACUAAUCACUUUGGAAACUAACUAUAUGGUGGUGUUAUUUGUCUCAUUUUUGCUUAGGAAGUUGCUAAGGGGAAAGGUAACGGUACCGGUGCCCUCUUUUCUGUUGUACUUACUUACCUUUCUAAGCUACUCAAUGUGAUUCUUGUCUCUUUGGUGUUUUUACCCUCCCCUACGGUGUCCUUCAGGGAGGAAAGGGAUGUAGAGAAAUGCAUCCCGGCAGGCACGUCGUGACCUUUGGGGGGAGAGGCGGGAAAUAUUGAUGCCGUUCUGCAAAGGCAGCCUGUGUGAGUAAAGGAAACCAAACGAUGCAGAUUCGCAAAUUAUGAAAGUCAUCUAUUUGCAGUUUAUGAAAGGUAAAUGUAGUUUGGAUGCAAAGCUGAUUAAAUUGGAUCAAGAAAAAUUCGAAUUAAGUACAUAAAAUAAUGCACACAUUUAUGGUUUCAAUUUUUAUAUAUCCUCGCUAGUUGAAAACGAUGGUUCCCACAACAAGUAUAACUCAGCUUGUUUCUGCUUACUGCGUGUUUUUUACAGUGGUGUAUGUGGGUAACAUUUCUUCCAUUAUGUAUGUUGUAUAGCACAGUCACAGUUACUGUGAGAAUCGUAAUUUGAAUUUUUGACUCAUGUGUUUCUGGAAUCUUUACAACAAAUGUUGCAUUAACAUACAACUUUUUUCAUUGAUUUUACCAAAAUUAAAUCCAUCUGUAACAGAUACUGUUUUAACUUGUGAAAGAAAUAUUUUAUAAACAUCCCACAAGGUAUGGCUAUAAUGAGAUCGGUGUGCAAUUCUGCAUGGAAUCAGCCUCAUUACUUCAUUGUCAUGUCUCCUACCCGAGGGCAUUUAUCACAGAGGCAGUGUCUUCAGUACCUCAUUGCUGCCACCUGCCCUGCCUGCAUGUGUAUCUGCUGCAUAAAUAGAGUCUUUCAGUUCAUGGACAGUACAUCUUGGUCACCAGUCUCUUUUUUUUUUUUUUCUUUCAGUGCAAAAUUUUCACUCUUUGGGAAAUGUGCUUUGAAAUAUUUGGAUUAAUUUAACUGUGUAUACUUUUGAGUAACGGGAUCGAUAAUCGAUGAAGGUGUGACUAAGAAACCAGUCAUUAAAAACUCAGUUACCUCGAGCACGGGAA